AUGUCCGAUUACGACGUCCCUGGCGGAUUCCCGUCGCUGCAGUCCCGGGAGUUCACGUUGAAGACUCCUCCGCGGAUCAGGAGCGAGAUGAAAACGUCCACUCCGUCCUCUGGUGCGUUCAAAUUCACACCCACCCACGGGAAAAAGCUGUACCCGACCAUUGUGCUCUCUCCAACAGACGGUUCCGACAGCAACACCAGCUACCAGGAGAAAGACAAUGCCUCGUUCACUAAGGAGAUGGACUAUCUGCAAACCAAGCUGUUUUCGUCCAAACUCACCUCGUCCGUGCUGACCGAGCUGAACGACCGGUACCAAAAAGUCCGCAACGACAACAUUCUUAAUAUCCAGAAGCUGAACGCCACGAGCCCGAAACCGCUCAAUCGACGGCCGUCUUCCCGGUAUGCCAGCGAUCAUCGUGGCAGGUUUAACCGGCUGGAGUCCAUUUCGUCACAUUACGCAGCCCGGCGAGCCAGACAGCCACCAACAGAGAACAAGCAGCCGGCAAGAAAGGUGUUUGAAGGGCCAGAGCACCAAACCCGGAAAACUCCAAACGACAAACGGCUCGGGCUUCAGGACCUGGGCAGUGCUUCCAAACGGCUGCGUGUACUCGACGGCUACAAAGAGGUCGUCGAAUCGGUCGAGAGCCCUACAAGACCACAGGAGGAGAAACAGAAGAUCAUGGAGCAGCAGCUGAACAGACAGCGGGGCGAGCAGCCGGUCCUGGGCUCGUUACCACGGCUCCAGUUUUCGCGGCCGUCUAGUGGCUCUGUGGCUUCCAAACCGGCUUCCAAACCGGCUUCCAAGCUCCCUUCGUACCUGCAGCCGACCAAGUCGUCCAUCCAGCGGUCCGAAAGUAAACCGCGUCUUAAUACCAGCGAGUCUACCUCGCAUCUACCGCGACUCAGCAAUAUUGUCCGUUCCAAAACGAUGCAGGAGAUCUCUCCGUCCAGAAUGAACAAGAUCUCCACAAAUACACAAGCUCCACUGGGGCUGGCCCAGAAACCUCAGUCACGGGUGCCGUCGCUCUCGAAAUCGGCAUCGUCCAUGAGUCUGGCCCGGAAAUCCAGUAUCCCGCAGCUUGCGAGACCAACCGUGAAAAAAGACGUUUCCAGACCGUGGAGAAAUUAA